AUGACUGACCUAGAAAUGGUGUUGCCCAAUGGCAAAGAUGACUGGUCCAAAGAAGACAUUGUGAGGUUACUGGAAUAUAUGGAGAAUAACGUUCCAUCCGAUGACAGGCACACGUUCAAGACAACCCAGGCACUGAUGGACUGGGAAAAAGUAGCGUUUAAAGGUUAUUCUGGGGAAAUGUGCAAACUCAAAUGGCUAGAGAUUUCUUACAACUUGAGAAAGUUUCGCACUUUGUCAGAGCUAAUUGUGGAAGCAAAGGAAAAUGUUAACAAUACCCAUAAAGGCAGAAAACACAAGAAGCACCCUGAUUUACCCAAGAGGCCCCUGACAGCUUACCUCCGCUUUUUCAAGGAGAUGCGGCCCCAGUACUCCCAAAAAUACCCCAAGCUGAGCAACCAGGAGCUGACCAAGGUUCUGUCAGAGGAAUACAAGAAGCUGCCAGAACAGACGAAACUGAAAUACAUUCAAGAUUUCCAGAAGGAGAAACAGGAGUUUGACGAUAAACUGGCUCAAUUCAGGGAACGCCACCCUGAUCUAGUCCAGAAUGCCAAGAAGUCUGAUGUCCCCAAAAGAAGCCAAGUCAAAGUUGAAAGGAAGUUUCAGGGAAAUGUACGAAAGGUGAAGUCUCCCCCAGGAAACUAUUUAUCCAUGAAGAGGAAAUUCCCCGGCGAGCCCCCGAAGCCCCCCAUGAAUGGAUAUCACAAGUUCCACCAGGAUUUGUGGUCGAGCAGGGAGCUUCAGGAGGUGCCCCUGAGGGAGCGCAUGGUGGAGAUCAGUAGGCGCUGGCAGCGUGUCCCACAGAGACAGAAGGAGCAUUAUAAGGAACAGGCUGAGCAGCUGCAGAAACAGUACAAGGUGGACCUUGAUCUCUGGCUCAAGAGUCUGUCUCCUGAAGAAUAUGUUGCUUACAGAGAGGCCACCUAUACCAAGCGUAGGAACAUGAUCCCGCCGGGAGGCCCCAGCUCCAAGAGUAGAAGGAAGGAUCUGCAGUCCCCAUCAGCAGAGAAUGGGCAAGAAGGCCUUGGAGAGGACCAGGAGCUUCAGGCUCAAGAGACAGAAUCAUCAGACUCCAGAGGAGAAAAUUCUCAUGACUCAUGGAGAUCAGAAGAAAACAAGGAAGAUGGGGAAGAGGAGGAAGGCAGUAACUCCUCAGACCACAGCAGUGGGGAUGAAGAUGAAGACAGUGAGGUUGACAUCUGUGGCUCCAACUCAUCUUCCUAA